CGGCUGCCUUGUUGAAGGAAGUAAAGUCUGUCAAACAUGAGUUUCCACUACGGCCAGGGCUAUCCAGUGGGAGGCCACCCCCCACCAGGUGUUCAAUACCGGGGCGGCGGGGGUCCCUAUGGGCCCUCAGCUCCACACGGAGGUCCAACACAUCCACAAGGAAAUCCUUAUGGUGCUUAUGGAGCUCCUGGUCAAGGAGGGCACUAUGGGCAUGGAGCAGGGGUUGCCCCAGGCGGGCAUUAUGCGGGUUACGGGGCACAACCUCACGGGGGACAGUAUGGACACCAUGCUCCUGCAGGUAACAUCCCUCCUGGUGUUAACCCAGAGGCGUACCAGUGGUUCCACACUGUCGACACAGACCGCAGCGGCUUUAUCAACCUCAAGGAGCUGAAGCAGGCACUUGUCAACUCCAACUGGUCUGCUUUUAAUGACGAGACCUGUCUCAUGAUGAUCAACAUGUUUGACAAGACGCGGUCGGGGCGAAUGGACUUGUUUGGCUUCUCGGCGCUGUGGGACUUCAUGCAGCGGUGGAGAGCGCUCUUCCAGCAAUAUGACAGAGACCGCUCAGGCACCAUCAGUGGCUCAGAGCUGCACCAAGCCCUCGCUCAGAUGGGCUACAACUUGAGUCCCCAGUUUUCUGAGACGCUGGUGCAGCGUUUCAGCAUGCGAGGCACGCGACCCGGCGUCCAGCUGGACCGCUUCAUCCAGGUGUGCACCCAGCUGCAGAGCAUGACGCAGGCCUUCAGGGAGAAAGACACCACCAUGACGGGCAACAUCCGCCUCAACUACGAGGACUUCCUCUGCGGGGCCGUCACCAGGCUCAUGUGAUCAAUCCCUCUGCACUGUGGAGUCACAGCAAUCAUUCCAUGUCCAGGUCAUAUCUUCAAUGCUCGACCAUAAGCGGCCCUACCUGUUGGUACCAGUGGCGGUUCUAGACUACACUAUACAAAAUAACUAAAACAGACACAAAAAAAGAAACAUAAAUGACACCAAUGACAAAAAAAGACACAAAAUGACCAAAAAAGACACAAAAUAACUAAAAAUGACACAACAACAGACACAAAAUUACAAAAAAAAGACACAAAUGUCCAAAAAAGACACAAAAUGACUUACAAAGACCUGUAAAGACAUGAAAAGGAUUCAAAAAUGGACAAAAUAGCCCCAUAAGACUCCAUAGAGUUAAACUAUUAUACAAUGUAACAUUCUGGGUUUCUUUUGUGUACAAUGAGAUAUUGUUUGAACAAAAAAAAGGUUAGAAUUGUUCCAUUGUUCAUUGUUAUAAAUUGAUCAUUUUAUUAUUAAUUUGAUUUGGGUAGAACCGCCACUGGUUGGUACCCAGUAUAUCCACCAGAGUAUAUUAUUAUUCCAUGCCGUGUUGCUGUAAAAACAUAAAGCCUUACAUCAUGCACUUGAAGUUCAGUGGCUAUAAUAAAGGUAGCUAACGCCUUUUAAAGAAGAGCUUAUCUUUCACCAGCAGGUGACAAUGAAAGUGAUUUAGAAGGUGACUGAUGCUAUAAAACAGUCAAUAUCUUACCAUAUAUGCCUUAGUGACAGUUAGAAAGUUCCUUUGUUUACUUGAGCUAUAGUUUACACGUUUCAUUCACCCAAUAUCCCUCCUCCCUCUGAAGCAGCGCCUCGCCUUGACGAGGUAUCAGAUUAUAUUAA